UCUUGGCUAAUGUUCAGUCUGCUUUCAAUCGUCGCACCGGAGUGAUCUUUCCAAAAAGUAGUGUUGUUGUAUUAUAGAGCAAAUGUGCUAAAAAGAUUCAUUAUUUGCACAGAGUGGCUGUUGGACGAAGUUGUUACGCAUCAUUGUGUCAAGUCGUCACCAGGAUGGAUUCAUGUGUGAAAGUAUUCCUUCUUGCUGCUUUACUGGGGCAUCCACUAUCUGCAUAUGCUCAAAAUGUGGCAUUUCGGAAACCCCUCCCGGACGGUAUAUUCAGCGAUCCAAACCCGGGGACCGAUCCCAAAAAGAACGUACAAUAUGGCGAAUAUGUCAAGCAACUGACAAGAUUUGAUGACUGGGUAACGGGACAAAGACACGUUCGCCAACCCCAGGAGAUCCUUCCCGAUGACGAGUUCAAUGAUCCCAACCCCCAUACUGAUCCGAAUAACCCUGCAUUCAAAGAUUAUGUAGGUGUACUGACCAGGUUCGAUUCAUGGGUGACCGGAAAGGUUGUACCCAUACCAGCUGACCCAACAACAGAUGUUCUGCACCAAGAUGUGGGCCCGGACGGUGCUGAAGUUCUUCAAGCACCCAACAUAACGCCUACACAGGACACACCCGUUAACCAGCUAUCGAACGAUGUUGGAUUCCCUGAUUAUGCACCACCCGGUCCGGUUAGUCAAGCAUUCAAAGACUACGCCAAAGUACUGACGAGAUUCGACCCAUGGGUUACCGGUCAGAAAGUACCAAUUCCGACGGAUCCUACAACGGACGCAUUACAUCAGAAAUUCCGUCGUUCAGUGAUAAGCUUCGAACAGAACUUUGCCGACAAGUUUGAGGAUCAUACACCCGCCAAUCCAGCCGGGAGUUCAUCGUACAACGAUUUCGUUAAGAAAUUGAAACGCUUCGAUCCUUCAAUUACCGGCUAUAGGGUACCUAUUCCUAGAGACCCUAUUACUGAUACCUUACAUCAAAUCGGACAACGAUCGGCACAGAACGGCUACAGGAACUACUGAUCACAUAUAUCUCGAUCAAUCUGAAGGCGAUAAUCGAUAUGGCAUUGGAAACCGGAUAGUGAGGAAAUAUUGUAGCCAGCUGAGUGAUGACUAGUCUCGCGUGUUAAGUGUUGGCAAAUGUUUGCCGUUGGUGAAGUGUGAAUCAAUGUUUCACAAUUGUUAUAUGUUGCAAUUACAAAUAACACAACAAUAAAUGAUACCUCGUUGUAAGUGGCUCAAACUGA